UGUAACAAACAGUAUUCCGUUAACACGGCGAAUAAGAAAUUACAAAAUAAAAAGGAAAAAACAAAAAUCCUUUGUUGUGACCAAAAAUAUAAUUUAAAAAUGGCUUUGCUGCAAGUUCCACCAAAUACCGAACAAGCCAUUGUGCUGAAUACGCCCAAUCGCAAUGAGAUACUCAAGGACGGACUGCCAACACACACAAAAUACAAAAUCCUGGGCCGUGGCGCCUUUGGCACCGUCUUCAAAGCGAUUUAUCGAGGUCAACCGGUGGCUGUGAAGAUCGUGCGAAAUGUGAGCAAAGCGAAUGCCCAAUCGAUGCGCAGUGAAAUGCAUAUUUUGGGCUGGAAGCACCGCAAUAUUAUACGAAUUUUAAAAGUUGAAACUACGCUGAACUUCGGCAUUGUCAUAAUGGAGAGGUUGGUGGGUCAAAGUUUGCAAGAUGUACUUGAGGCCACAGUGCUGCCACUGGAACAUAGAAUUUACAUAACACUGGACAUUCUGUCGGCCCUAUCUUAUUGCCACAAGCAGAAUCUACUACAUCUUGAUGUAAAACCACAGAACGUGUUGAUAUCUUUCGUUGGUGUACAACAACAUUUACGUGAUGAAACACUAACAACUGCUUUCAGUCGCCGGCAAUAUGUCUGUAAACUUUGCGAUUUUGGUGCUUCCUUGAAGAUAGACUCUCCGAUGACGUCACCAAAAGGCAAUGCGCGCGGCACCGUGCGUUACAUGUCUCCCGAAGCAUUACGUGAGGAACCGCUCACACCGGCCACCGACAUCUACUCACUGGGCAUCACCAUGUGGCAAAUGCGGCAGCGUCGUUUACCUUACCACAUCAUUGCGUGCAAUGAAGUGGUCGCCUAUCAGGUCGUCAAAAAUAAGCUACGUCCCGAUAGCGCAGCUCCAACCAAUCCAACAAACUGCACAAGUGUGGUGCAUACGACCAUGGAUCGGCAUCAUAAAUGCUAUUGUGCCAACCUGACAGCGGAGGAGAUCACUUAUCAUUCAUUGGUGCAUCUGACGAAUGUACUUAAUCGCACCAAACAACCCGAAGAACAGUUGCGCUUCUCUGAUUGCAGUGCGGAAGAGUUACAUCAGUCGGCUGAUCGUCGGCCAUUCGCCUCAUUAAAUGCGAAAAUGAAUGUUAUGCGUAAUUUAAGCAACGAAUUGAAUUGCAGUAAGUCGCCGAUUGCCCAGAAGUCGCCAACAAAUAAAAAACCAAUAAUAACACGACAGCAACAACAACGCAGCACGAUGGGUGAUGUUGUGGAUCUGUUAGUGUUGUUUGAGGAUAUAUUGCGCCUGCACGAUCGCGACAAGGAACAAAGUUAUGAAGCGAUUUACAAAGCUUGCUGGUGUGACGAGCCGAUGUUGCGACCGAACGCUUUGUUGUUGCGCAAACGCUUGGUAGAGUUGCUGUAGUACUACUUUGUUAUUUUAUGUAUUAUAUAUUAUUAUGAGAUAUGUGUAA